CUCUAUAAAAUACUGAUACCCCAUAACUUUAAGUUUCUUCAACAGCUAGUAAGAAAGCAAAACACAACACUCAAAGCUUUAGCCAAAGGCUUGUUUGGUUGCACAUACAAGGAAAUAUCACAAAGGUGAAAGAGGAAAAGUAUAUGGGAAAAGGAGAUUAAAUAUUUCAUUUCCUACCUACAUGUUCAUUUGCAAGACAAGAAUUCAGUAUUAAUUCCACACAAAAUAUUUUCUAUAUUUCAGCAAAUGAUGGCUGGGAACCCUAACUGGUGGACUAUGCAUCCACCAUCUCUGAUCCCUCCACAGUAUGUUCUUGGAUCUUCUUCAAUUCCUUUUAAUUCUUCUACACAAAACCAAGAGCCCCCUCACUCAUUGAGCCAACUUCUUUUCACUGGUUUACCAGGAGAAGAAGAGAGAGUUGCAUUCAGUCAUUUCCAAUCAAAAAAGUUAGAUGAAUGGAAUGAACAAAUGCUUAACCCAUCCUCUAUCGUUCCUAUGGCUGAUGUAAUAAAGCAAGAGGUUUCCCAAAGUGGCAACUUGUAUCACCAUGGACAUGAUCAGGAAUUUCAGGUUUCUGGGGCACCUUGGUCACAUAUGGUACCAGUUUCUUCUUCCCCUAGGUCUAGUGUUGCUAGCUUCAGUAGCAAUAAUUUAUUGGAUUUCACUUACAACAAGACAGACCAUAGGAAGAACCAACUACCAGAUCACACAUCCGAGUGUAAUAGCACAGCCACUGGUGGAGUUUACAAGAAGACUAAGAGUCAACCAUCUUCAAGCCAACCACCUCUCAAGGUGAGAAAGGAGAAGUUAGGUGAUAGAAUAACAGCUCUUCACCAGCUAGUUUCCCCGUUCGGAAAGACUGACACAGCUUCUGUCUUGUUAGAAGCCAUUGGAUACAUAAGAUUCCUUCAGGGUCAAAUUGAGGCACUCAGUUCUCCUUACUUGGGCAAUGGAUCAAAAAACAUGAGGAAUCCACAGUCUCAACAGGUACACGGAGAAAGAAAUUCUGUAUUUCCUGAGGACCCCGGUCAGCUGUUGAAUGACAAUGGCCUGAAAAGAAAGGGAGCUCCAAACCAGGACGCAAAAGAUAAGCCAAGGGACUUGAAGAGUAGAGGGCUGUGCUUGGUUCCUGUGUCAUGUACCCAACAUGUUGGAAAUGAAAAUGGAGCUGAUUACUGGGCACCAGCAUAUGGAAGUGGAUUUUAACAGCAUGGAAGAAAUUUUAUGGAUGAUAUAACAUCGUGAGCAGUCAAUCUGUAAUAAUGAAAAGGCUGAUUGCUCACGAUGCUAUAUGCCAUUCAUGAUGAUUUGGCCAGUUGAAAAAAAAAUCUUAUCCAUUAUGAUGUAUUGUCUCUAAUCUAAUUAGGUUAACACAAUAAGUUAUUAAUAAGUGUUGUCAAAACAUUAAUUAAGAUGUAAUUUUCGUUUUUCUAAACAUGCAUUUUCAGAGGUAGCAAUUAUUAAUUCCCUGCUUUUGCUAUGAAGGAUGAUUAUUGAUAAUUAACAUUCUGUCAAUGUUAAUUUGUUUAAGAUUGCAAUAUCUAGUACUUUAAUUCAUA